AUGAAGCGACCGAGUAGACGCCUCCUGGCUCUCCUUUGGACCCUGCUCCUGCUGGGCCCCACUUGCUGCCCGGCGGGCCACUUUUUGUCUAAGCAGCAUGCUUCCGAGAUCCUGGUUAGAAAACGGAGAGCCAACAGCUUGAUUGAAGAACGCAAACAGGGAAAUCUCGAAAGAGAAUGCAUUGAAGAACUGUGUAAUAAAGAGGAAGCCAGAGAGGUCUUUGAAAAUGACCCUGAAACAAACUAUUUUUACCCUAAAUACCUAGCUUGCCUUGGCGCAUUUCAACCUGGACGAUUUGUGCCUGCCCGUCAGUCCACCCACGCUGUCACUGACCUGAGGUCCUGCGUCACUGCAAUUCCAGACCAGUGCUUCCCUCUGCCAUGCCAUGAAGAUGGCUAUCUAGUUUGUAAAGAUGGGAAAGGCAGAUACACCUGUGUUUGUAGGUCAGGAUGGCAUGGAGAAAGGUGUGAAAACGAUAUAGAUGAAUGUGAAGACCCUCUGAAUGUAAAUGGAGGUUGCAGCCAAAACUGUAUUAACUAUCCUGGAAGUUUUCACUGUUCCUGUAAAACGGGAUACCAAAUGCUUCUUAAUAAAAAGGAUUGCAGAGACGUGAAUGAAUGCUUAUCACAGCCAAGUGUCUGUGGGAAGGCCGAAUGCAGGAACACCGAGGGAAGUUUUGAAUGUGUGUGUCCUGAAGGCUUCAAUUAUAAUCUCAUAGCAAGGGAUUGUGAAGAUGUGGAUGAAUGUGCAGAAAACAUGUGUGCUCAGCUUUGUGUCAAUUUUCCUGGAGGUUAUUCCUGCUAUUGUGAUGGGAAGAAAGGCUUCAUGCUUGCCCCCGACCAGAAGAACUGUGAGCCAGUUCCAAUGUGUCUGCCUCUGAAUCUUGACAAGAAUUAUGAAUUACUAUACCUGGCAGAGCAGUCUGUGGGGAUCCCCAGUCUGUAUUUACGAUUUCGCUUGCCAGAUGUCACCAGGUUUUCAGCAGAAUUUGAUUUCCGGACAUUUGAUUCGGAAGGUGUGAUCCUGUAUGCUGAGUCCCUUGAUAGCACUGCAUGGUUCCUACUUGCCCUUCGAGAUGGGAGACUUGAAAUCCAGUUCAAGAAUGAACAUGCACAACAAGUCACGAGUGGUGGCAAAAUCAUUAAUGAUGGCUUAUGGAAUAUGGUGUCUGUUGAAGAGUUGGAAGGCAUCAUUAGUGUUAAAAUAGCCAAAGAAGCAGUGAUGAAUAUCAACAGGUCUGGAAGCCUUUUCAAAUCCACCAGUGGUUUUCUGGAAACAAAAGUGCAUUUUGCAGGGCUACCUCGCAAGAUGGAAAACAAUCUCAUUAAAUCGAUUAACCCUCGCCUAGAUGGAUGCAUUAGAGGAUGGAACUUGAUGAAUCAAGGAACUUCAGGAGUAAAGGAAAUCAUUCAGGAAAAGCAAAAAAGACACUGUCUUGUCACUGUGGAAAAAGGCUCCUAUUAUCCGGCUACUGGAGUUGCCCAGUUUGAUUUAGAUUAUGGUCAUAGGGCCAGCGGUCAAGAGUGGCAGUUAAACCUGACCCUGACUAUCCGCCCAUCCACAAGCACUGGUGUAAUGUUUGCCUUGGUUUCUGGUGAGAGAGUGCCUCUUGCUUUGUCUUUGGUAGACUCCAACUCCUCUCGUUCUCAGGAUAUUGUGCUAAAUAUUGAUAAUGUCACUGUUUCCUGGAUAAAGUCCGUGAAAUUGUGUACCCCACAACAAGCUCAAGUGGACCUCAGAGUAAAUGCAAACUUGUUGGAAUUGAAGAGCAGUUUUCCAACACACACUACUUACUCUGAAAAAUUACAAGAGCAACUUGCUGUCCUGAACAAAGCAAUGCAGGGACCUAUUUCAACUUAUUUAGGUGGUAUUCCAGAUGUUCCAGUCACAGCUACCCCAGUGAGUGCCUUUUACAAUGGCUGCAUGGAGGUGAAGGUGAAUGGGAGAGAGUUGGAUCUGGAUGAAGCGAUCUUCAAACAGAACGAUAUUAGAUCACAUUCAUGUCCAACAGUUCUGGAAGAAAACUAGACUUUCUAAUGCUAUUUUCCUCUCUUCAGAUAUAAUUUUGUGUUUGGGUGUGUGUAAUUAUUCUCAUGCUGUUAUGAAAACUAACUGAAAUAUUUUACUUGAGUUGCACCAGGAGAGGCUCAUGACUGACUACUUUUAUUUUUAUCUUCUUAAAUUAGCAAGCUGAACCCAUUUUUGAAAGAAAGGACCACUUACUGGAUUUUUUUAAAAUUAGCUUCAGUUGACAUUAACCACUUAAAGCAGAAGAUAUAAAAAUGUUUUAAAAUUUUAAUUUCAAUGUAUGUGAUUUGUUUCAAUUUCAGAACACUUGAAAAAGGAAACUGAACACUUUUAAAUUGUGAUGCCAAUUUGUACUUCCCAAGCGCUUAGUACAGUGCUCUGCACAUAGUAAGCGCUCAAUAAAUACGAUUGAUUGAUUGAUUGAUUUAAAUCAAUGCCACUUUUGGCUUAUUAAUUCACGUAAUACAGAGGAGCCAGAAUUUCUGUUCUAUUUGCCAAAUAUUUUCUUCCUGAAACAGAAACCUCAGUAAAGAGGACAAUCGUAUUGCAAAAAGAUUGAUUCAGUUGAUUUACAUCAGGGAUAGACAGUAAGGAAUUCUGCCUACUUUUCAUAUACAUCCAGAAAUAUAAAGAGAACAUAUAAUCUAUCACCUUAAUCAAAACAAACAAGAAAAGAGUUUGUAUUCCAAAUGAGAACAUUAUUUUACUGUUCAUCAUGAGGCUGAAACCAAAUGCAACAUGCCCCACAAGGUGUAAACAAUACAAAAAUUUCCACAACAAUGAGUUCUUUUCCCUUUUACCUUGUGAAGUCUAUUCAAAAGAAUGGCCAACGGAAAGAUACACGACAGUAUUCAAGAGGAUAAAGUUUAGGUUAGGGGUCCUAUAUAGAAAUACAGUAUUGCAGUCUGGUUUAAAGCACUUAUUGAGAAUAGUUUAUGUAAUAGUGUAAAAAUGGCAUCAAAUAAAGAUCUCAUACAGAAUGAUGAUUUAUUUAAGUGCCAACACUCUUCCCUGCGUAACUUGAUUCUUCCAGAGAAUAAAACUGAAUACUUCUGAGGUAGAUAUACAACUUCCUCAAUUACUUUGCAUAGGGUUUAUGCUUCUCAAGUCUCUGAAAAUCUUUUUAAAGGUUUCUUGCUAUUUUGCAAAUACUUUUGGAAAACUAUACCUGAAAUUUAGAACCUAAACUGUCAUAUAUCAUUCCUGUAAAUAAGUGCAAGAUUUUAAGGUAUUAAGAGCGAACGGGAAACUUUCAUUAAGUUGAGAAUUGUGAUAAAAAAGAGGACGCUCUAAGAAAAACUUAUUAAAAUGGUGUCAAUUAUAACUACGUAAAAGUGUCAAAGGCUUUUAUAGAAAUGUUCUACCUUAUGUAACAACCCAAUAAAAUGAGUUGCAAUUCA